CCAUCAGCACCACCUCCACCUCCGCCACCGCCACCGCCACCACCACCACCACCGCCGGCGGCGGCAGCAGCCAUUUCAUCUCCACAGAAACCAGACACAAAAACAUGGCAGAAAUGGAGAAAGAAGGGAGACCUCCGGAAAAUAAAAGGAGCCGGAAACCGGCUCACCCCGUGAAGAGGGAGAUCAACGAGGAGAUGAAGAACUUUGCGGAAAACACCAUGAAUGAGCUCCUUGGCUGGUAUGGCUACGAUAAAGUUGAAUUAAAAGACGGUGAAGAUAUUGAAUUCAGAAGCUACACUACUGAUGGAGAAAGCCGGCAACACAUUUCUGUUCUCAAAGAAAAUUCUUUGCCAAAACCAAAAUUACCGGAGGACAGUGUUAUUUCAUCUUACAAUAUAGGCACAGGCUACUCAGGCCUUGCCACUGGGAAUGGACUCAGUGACUCACCUGCUGGGUCAAAGGAUCAUGGCAAUGUGCCUAUUAUUGUCCCUUUAAUCCCACCACCUUUCAUAAAGCCGCCAGCAGAAGAUGAUGUGUCAAAUGUACAAAUAAUGUGUGCCUGGUGCCAGAAAGUGGGGAUCAAGCGCUAUUCCCUGAGUAUGGGAAGCGAGGUGAAAAGCUUCUGCAGCGAGAAAUGCUUUGCCGCCUGCCGGAGAGCCUACUUCAAAAGAAACAAGGCUAGAGAUGAAGAUGGACGUGCUGAAAGUUUUCCCCAGCAGCACUAUGCUAAGGAAACUCCAAGGCUUGCCUUCAAGAAUAACUGCGAACUACUUGUGUGUGACUGGUGUAAACACAUAAGGCACACAAAAGAAUACCUGGAUUUUGGGGACGGGGAAAGAAGGCUUCAGUUCUGCAGUGCAAAAUGUCUCAAUCAAUACAAAAUGGACAUUUUCUACAAAGAGACACAGGCCAAUCUUCCAGCUGGGCUAUGCGGCACAUUACACCCUCACAUGGAGAGUAAAGCAGAAGGCACCGGGGUGCAGCUGCUCACUCCAGACUCUUGGAAUAUCCCGCUAACAGAUGCUCGGAGGAAAGCCCCCUCCCCCGUGGCUGCAGCUGGCCAAAGCCAGGGCCCUGGCCCAUCCUCGUCCACCACCGUUUCUCCAUCUGACACUGCCAACUGCUCUGUCACUAAAAUCCCCACGCCAGUGCCCAAGUCCCUCCCCAUCAGCGAGGCUCCAAGCAUCCCUCCCGUCUCGGUCCAGCCACCUGCUAGCAUCGGACCUCCGCUGGGUGUCCCACCUCGAAGCCCUCCCAUGGUGAUGACCAACCGCGGCCCAGUGCCCCUGCCCAUCUUCAUGGAACAGCAGAUCAUCCAGCAGAUCCGCCCGCCCUUCAUCCGAGGGCCACCGCACCACGCCUCCAACCCCAAUAGCCCCUUGUCCAACCCCAUGCUCCCGGGCAUUGGGCCCCCGCCCGGUGGCCCCAGGAACCUAGGCCCCACUUCCAGCCCCAUGCACCGGCCUAUGCUAUCGCCCCACAUCCACCCCCCAAGUACCCCUACCAUGCCUGGGAACCCCCCAGGGCUGCUGCCCCCGCCGCCCCCGGGCGCGCCCUUGCCCAGCCUUCCCUUCCCUCCAGUAAGCAUGAUGCCAAACGGCCCGAUGCCGGUUCCCCAGAUGAUGAACUUCGGGCUGCCGUCGCUGGCCCCGCUGGUGCCGCCCCCCACGCUGCUCGUGCCGUACCCAGUGAUCGUGCCCCUGCCGGUGCCCAUCCCUAUCCCAAUCCCCAUUCCCCACGUGAACGACUCCAAGCCCCCGAACGGAUUUUCUAGCAACGGGGAGAGCUUCGUUCCGAGCGCCCCGGGCGACUCCUCGGCGACGGGAGGCAAGACUGGUGGACGCUCCCUGUCCCCGCGGGACUCCAAGCAGGGCUCUUCCAAGUCGGCCGACUCGCCGCCCGGAAGCUCCGGCCAGGCUCUGAGCCUGGCGCCCGCGGAGCGCGGUCGUGGGGAGGUGGUGGACCUGACCCGGCACGCGGGCAGCCCCGCGGGCGCGGGAGGCCAGCCGGGCUUCGCGGGCGUGCUGCACGGCCCGCAGGACGGCGUCAUCGACCUGACCGUGGGCCACCGAGCCCGGCUGCACAACGUGAUCCACCGCGCGCUGCACGCUCACGUCAAGGCGGAGCGCGAGCCGGGAGCCGCGGAGCGCAGGACCUGCGGCGGCUGCAGGGACGGCCACUGCAGCCCGCCCGCCGCCGGCGACCCCGGCCCGGGCGCCCCCGCGGGCCCCGAGGCUGCCGCCGCCUGCAACGUCAUCGUGAACGGCACCCGUGGCGCCCCGGCCGAGGCCAAGGGCGCGGAGCCCCCGCCCGAGCAGCCACCGCCCGCCCCUCCCAAAAAGCUACUGUCGCCCGAGGAGCCCGCGGUGAACGAGCUGGAGUCGGUCAAGGAGAACAACUGCGCUUCCAACUGCCACCUGGACGGGGAGGCGACCAAAAAACUGAUGGGGGAGGAAGCCCUGGCAGGGGGCGACAAGUCGGACCCGAACCUCAAUAACCCCGCGGACGAGGACCACGCCUAUGCUCUGCGGAUGCUGCCCAAGACCGGCUGCGUGAUCCAGCCUGUGCCAAAACCCGCGGAGAAGGCUGCCAUGACGCCGUGCGUCAUCUCCUCGCCCAUGCUCAGCGCUGGCCCCGAGGACCUGGAGCCGCCGCUCAAAAGGAGGUGCCUCCGAAUUAGAAACCAGAAUAAGUAAAAAAAAAAAAAAGGUUUGUAUGUCCACCUCCUCCGAGAGACAGUGCCCCCCGCCUUGCUUCUUAGAAGGCGGAGGUGAGAUGCAGCCGUCACCGUGCUGUCCCUUACCGCUUUCUUUGGGUGGCCAGGUACCAUCGACGGUUUGAUCCAAUACCUAUGACAGCUGGCAGUAUGGUUUAGUACACCAUUACCACUUUACAGCCGAGAGGCAGUUAAGAGCCAAGAUCACUCAAGCCCUUGAACCUGAGUUGAAAGCAUACGCUCUUUUGCUACACACUACUUUUUUCUUUUCGGGUUCAUACCUAAUUUAUCCAACUGGGGAAAGGGGCGUGGGAGGAAGACUACUUGAGGAAUCUUAAUGUUCAGUUAGGCGGUUGCAGGGCAGUGUUGAAAUGUCUGGGUAACCCAUCAGAGGGGAAACUUCUAGAGCUGGUAGUCCCUUUGGCAGACUCUUACUCUAGCAUCUCAAGGUGACCGUGUCUGUAGGCUAACAUGAAAAACUAGCCGUCCGGGCAACCUACCACGCCCCCUUUCGGUACUCAGUGGCUGAGUUGAUGAAGUCCCACUUCUCUAUAUAGAACUUGAUGAAGUGGGAGACACUUCUCUGUAUCCUAUGACUGCUGUACCCUGCUUACUACCCAGUGAGAUGACGGGGACCGCACGUGAGCCACUGUAGCGACUCUUGCCAAUCCUAGUGGAGUAGGCAUCGAUAGCAUUCUACCAAGAAGGAAGCGGUGGCUUAGAGAUAUCUGCUCAGUCAGAGCUUGUCGGUGGAGGACCCAGUGUUGACUCCAGGCCUGUCCAUCCAGUCUCAGAGCGUGAUCUCUUCCAUCUACCCAAGCAGGCAACAAGUCAAGACUUAGGUUGUUUAUUAACUGAUUAUAGAAAGGAAAGGAGAAAUGGGUAUUCCUCCAGAUUUAACCUAGACACUGCUCCUUCCGUGGGCUGAAGACACAGAAGAAUGUGCUAUUGGGCUACAUCAAAGUAGGUACAGCACAUCCUAUCGCCAUAGGGGAUGUAAAUCCAGGCAGGAAGGAGGCCUGGGGGAGGGGAGGCAGGAAGAGUAUUCUUCACAGGGUAUGCAGGCUCUUCUGAGUAUUUCCCCUAGUAUUUCUUUGGAGUUAGAUGUAUAUAGAGCAGCUAUAUUCAUUCACCUGGUGGAGAAAUAGGGUUGAGGAACUUGUCCAGGAUUAUCUAACCUGGGAGCAGAGUUGUGAUUCAAAUCCAAGUUGUGAAGUCCAAAGCUUAAUUUCCUUUCAAGCACUGUAGGAGAAUCAGCUAACCAGUCCAUCCAUCAAGACAUUUACAAAAAUUCUCUUAUCUCCUUGAGGGAAAGAAAGUUCCCUCAACACAGCAGCAAGCCUCCGCUUGCCAACAUGCCCAGUUUACACGCUCCCAUAGACCACCAACCUGUUGCCUCCAGGGUGGGAACAUGGGUACUUCACUUACAGCCAGAAUGGAAGCCCUGAACGAGAGCAGAAGGCUUACUGGCUAGUUCGAGAAUCUUUUCUUGGCCACCAUGGUUUGAGGUCUUCUUUUCCAGUGGGAGCAGAACACCAGAGUUGAGGUCACCACUUCUUCCCCAUUAGCCUACAAUGUCUUCAGUCUGAAGGCAGGUGGCCUUGGCCUUCUCACAGGCAUGCCAACUGAAAAUGUCCCCAAAUAACUUAAUCUGCUUGACAGUGCUUUGAGUGAAGGAUUGACAAGUGACUCCUCCCCCGAAAAAGUGAGCACCUUCAGAAAGCACCGGAAAUUGUCACACACACACACACACACACACACACACACACACACACACACCAGGAAGAAUGGGAGGGUGAAAGAUCUCACUGCCAUUACUGUGCUAAGAGACCAGGACAGAAACAGUGACACACCCUAUGAGUAUCCAAAGACGGAAAUGUCGUUAACAGUGCCCGUUGUAUGAAUGGCUGUCUGGGUGAUUUAUGUUUCUGAAGGAGUCACUGGCCAAGGGUAGUUUUUGCGGAUCAGCAUCACUACUAAAAAUGUUAACUUGGCAACAGCCAAGUCUAGAAGAUGCUGUGACCAAAUUGCCUCUUGUAAUCGGAAAGUCCCUUUUAUUGUGGGUCUCCCAAGAAAUUACAGCUCUUUUUGAAAGUCGGUCAUAGGUUUUGAGGGCUGCCAAGAGGAGGCAAGGCAAGAGAUUUAAGGGGGGGGGCAUGUCUCCAGUACAUCAACAGGGCACCCAAGUAGAUCGCUGGUCCCAUGUCACCUCAGGGCACUUCUACCUGCUGUAAUCCACUCUCUAGCCUUCUGGUUUCCUGCUCACAGACGGUGCUGCCUUUGCUGUAACCCUCAGGAACUCAUGCGUUUGGGGAAGCUGGAAAUACAUCUAUGAACUAAGGACUGCGUGCCCUUUGUGCCCUAAUAGUGAGCA